AUGGUCUCAGUAGACCUGCAGCUGACCAAGACCAGUGCCAUCUAUUCGGCUUCUCUUUACACCAACAAUCGAUAUGGCACUGAAUGGUUUGUAUAUGUUGGUUCCGCCGCCUGUGGAAUCACUGCGGGCGUCUUUUGGGCAGCUGAGGGAGCAAUCAUGAUUAGUUAUCCAGAAGAUCACAAACGAGGCAGAUACCUCGCUUACUGGCUAGCGUACAGAAACGUGAGAGCCCCUAAGAUCAACUCUGAAGAACGGUAUACUAACAAAAUGCAGGGAGGCUCUAUUGUUGGGGGUGCCAUCAACCUCGCUUUUAAGAAGGUUCAGCGCCAGGACGGAAGGAAAGUCUCUAAGGCAGAGCGAAUCCCAACUGUGGCUGAGAUAAAAGAAGUAGCCAAGAUCCUCGUCCGUAAAGACUUUCUACUAGUCACACACCAAAGCUUCCCAUUCUUUUUCUACGCUACCUUCCUGCUUUCAUACGCAGGAUCCUACCUCUCACUCUACUUCUCUGUCCGCUCUCGCGCAUUGGCUUCAUUGGUCUCUGCACUAGCUCAGAUCACUGCCAACUUCUUCUUUGGCCACUUCCUGGACUGGACUAAAUUUACCGUCAAUCAGCGUGCUCGCAUCGCCUAUGUUGGUAUGAUGGCCCUUUUCGGAGGGACCUGGGUGUGGGCAACCGUCAUUCAACGCGAGUACGGCUUGAAGGCACCGGCACUGGACUGGGUGGACACUGGUUUUGGCCGUGGUUGGGCACUUUACAUCCUGCUACAGGUUAACUUUGCGCUGGCUUACAAUUAUGGCUACUGGUUAGCCGGAUAUAUGGCUCGUGACACUGCUGAAAUUAUUCGAUUCACGUCAACUGUACGUGCGGUUGAGGCUGCCGGUGGUGCCGUCGCAUCUGGUAUCAGCUCUACUCAUGCCCCCUUACGGAAUGCUGAAUGA